UAUGGUGGAUACCACGCCUGCGUUCUAGGCGACGGAACUGAUGUAAUCACAGAAAUGGUGGCUACCAUGAAAGUGUGAGACGUUUGGGAGUUAUAAAGUAUUCAGUUAAAAGUAUUAACAAAAGCGAUAUGUCUCGGCACCGAAAUGUCCGGAGCUACAACUACGAUGAAGCUGCCCAGUUCAUUUACUCAAGGCAGGCAAGGCCGUCCGCAUUUGGUGAGCCUUUAGAGGAAGAGGAUUAUGAAUAUGAAGAGGAGGAGGAACAACAACCAGUAGUUCCAUCCACUCAGAAGCCCAGAGUUGGUGCUGAUGAUCAAGCUCGUUUGUAUUCCUGCCUUGAACAGAUGAGAGAGGUGCUUGGUGAUUCUGUGUCAGAACAAGAAAUGACUGAAGCAGUUUUGAAGUGUAACUUCAGUGCCCAAGAAGCUUUGGAUAUGGUAUUUAGCCAAAACAAUACAGCACGUGGUUCAAGGGCAAAGAAUCAGACUGCUUUAUCUAGUGGAAAAUCAACAAAAGGAGGUGCAAGAGACCCUCCUGUGAAAAAAACAGAGUCUGAAAUAGUACCAAAAGUUGCAAGGAUGACUGUAUCUGGCAAGAAGCAGACUAUGGGCUUUGAUAUUCCAAGUACAACUGUUGAAGAAAAUGGUGACAGUGUCAAUGCAAUUAAAAAAGGAGCAGGGUUGGAUGAAACAGCAACACCACGGACUGUAGAUGUGUCAUCUAAAACUUCAUUACCAGCUGCAGCAACUUCUGUUGCUGAAGAGCCCAUGGCAACACAAACACCUGGGAGAAGUACUGGAAAAUCAAAGCAACAGAUAGAUGUUAAAGCAGAAUUGGAGAAGAGGCAAGGAGGAAAACAGCUCAUCAACCUUGUUGUAAUAGGUCAUGUUGAUGCUGGCAAAAGUACAUUGAUGGGACAUUUACUCUACCUCACUGGAAAUGUUAACAAGCGUACUAUGCACAAAUAUGAACAAGAGUCCAAAAAAGCUGGCAAAGCAUCUUUUGCAUAUGCAUGGGUUUUAGAUGAGACGGGUGAAGAGCGAGAAAGGGGAGUUACCAUGGAUGUGGGGAUGACCAAGUUUGAAACCAAGACCAAAGUUAUUACACUAAUGGAUGCUCCAGGGCAUAGGGACUUCAUCCCUAAUAUGAUCAGUGGAGCUGCUCAGGCAGACGUUGCAGUUCUUGUUGUGGAUGCCAGUCGAGGAGAGUUUGAAGCUGGUUUUGAAGCUGGUGGCCAGACAAGAGAACAUGGAUUACUGGUUCGCUCCCUUGGAGUAACUCAACUUGCAGUUGCAGUCAACAAAAUGGAUCAGGUGAGCUGGCAACAAGAAAGAUUUAAAGAAAUCACAACAAAGCUUGGGCAGUUUUUGAAACAGGCAGGUUUCAAGGAAUCUGAUGUAGGUUACAUUCCUACAAGUGGUUUGGCUGGGGAGAAUCUGAUCAACAGAAGUACACUGCCAGAACUCAUAUCAUGGUACAAAGGACCAAGCUUGCUGGAACACAUUGAUUCCUUCAAACCACCUCAGCGGCCAGUGGAGAAACCAUUUAGGUUGUGUGUCUCAGACGUUUUUAAAGAUCAAGGAUCUGGAUUCUGUGUGACUGGCAAAAUAGAAGCAGGUUAUGUUCAGACUGGGGACAAGAUUCUGGCUAUGCCACCUAAUGAAACAUGUUCUGUGAAAGGAAUCGUGUUGCACGAUGAGCCAGUUGAUUGGGCAGCAGCAGGUGAUCAUGUUAGCCUCACUGUAACAGGCAUGGAUAUAAUCAAAAUUAAUGUUGGCUGUCUGUUUUGUGAUCCUAAGGAGCCCAUCAAAGCCUGUACCCGUUUCAGAGCAAGAGUACUCAUAUUUAACAUUGAUCUGCCAAUCACACAAGGUUUUCCUGUACUUUUACACUACCAAACCGUAAGUGAACCUGCCACUAUUCGAAGACUAGUAAGCAUCCUACAUAAGAGCACUGGAGAGGUUCUCAAGAGAAGGCCCAAGUGCUUGACUAAAGGACAAAAUGCUGUAGUUGAACUGCAGACCCAGAGACCUGUCGCACUUGAACUCUACAAAGAUUUUAAAGAGCUAGGACGUUUUAUGUUACGAUAUGCUGGUUCCACUAUAAGUGCUGGAGUUGUCACAGAGAUCAAGGAAUGAUAUAUACGGACUCCCCUGCCAAACUAAUUAGUGCAAUCCAGUUUGGACAUUGUGUGCCCAUGAACUUCAUAAAUUCAAGAAACUAUACUGAUUAAACUGUGUGUCGGUUAUUUCUACAACAAAAGCCAAAAUGAAGAUGCAACUAUUUGUCGAAUACUUGGAAUCUGUUUUUUCAAAUGCUGUCUUCUGAUACAGCAGCAUCAAACACAAAAGGGACACACACUGUAACACCAGAGAAUGUCAAGUGUUCUAUUUUAUUACAGAUAUCUCUGUAUCAUUGCAUUGCAUCACAAGUGAAUGUUGAAUCUUCAAUGAUCAUUUGAACUCAUUAGGAAAUUUUACAUCACUAAAAAGGCUUCGUGGCACUUCAGAGUAAAGCUUCAACUGUUUACAGAAUGAUUGUUAGCCUUCCUGCUGCUCAUUCUUCCAACAAACUCAUUCUAAUAUAUUUAAAGGUUGACCUCAAAUGCACGUUCGUGUUUCCAAAAGAUGGAUACAUUUAGAAUGAAGCUUUGGAAAGUGGAUUUGGAGUGUGUUACUUUAUUCAAAGUUAAAAUUAAAAAUGAAGGUUUUUUUUCUUUAUGAGAAUGUUGUGCCUGAAAGGCAAGUUUUAAGAUAGAGGCACUUUGUCAUUCAAAUAAAGUAGCUUAAUCUGAGCAUAA